AUGGCGCCCUUCCUAUUAAAAUUAUCUAUCUAUCUAUCUAUCUAUCUAUCUAUCUAUCUAUCUAGUACAACAAUCAUCCAUUUCUCGCCUUUAGUUUCUCUUCCACUCUCUCCUUUUCUCGUAUCGUUUAAUCUCGUUACAAUUUCUUCUGUUUCAUGCCUUUUAACAAGUUGUAACGUUUAUUUUCCUUUCUCUCUUUUCAGUCUUUUUAUCUUCGAGUUUCUGUCGUUUUUUUUUCUUCUUUUUGCUGCGUUUUCUGUUUCUUUGCUUCACCGUUUCUUUUCUGCUGUCUUCCUUUCUUUUUCUUAUCUCCUUCUCUCUUUCUUUCUUUCACCUUUUUCUGUUUGUUUGUAUUUUGCUUUUUCAUUUCUUUUGGUCGCACUGCCAUUUUUUCUUUCUUUCUUUUUUCUAAUUUAUAAUAAAACCUCUUUGAAAUCGUCUUUCUUUCCUUCGUUCUUUUCUUCUUUCCUUUCUAUCUUUUUUUAUUUCUAUCUUCUAAUUUAUAACGAAAACGUCUUUCCUUUCUUCCUUCCAUUCUUCUUUCUUUCUUUCCCUUUUUCUUCCUUCUCUCCUUCUUUAUUUAAUUCUUUCUCUAAUUUGUAA